AUGGAUCUAUUGUUCAGUCUGCUUAUAUUUUCUUUAUUUGGAUUUUGUUCUACAUCGACGACGCCUUCAUACAUAUAUGAAUUGAAAAUUGUGGAAGAUGAAUUUAUCAUCAGUUAUCGUCAGUACCAUCCUUUACAAUCACGUCAUCAGUUUUUGACAACUUUAUUGAACCCACUGAAUAUAAAUUAUACUAUAUUGAACAGAUGGUAUCCAAAGUUUAAUGAAGAGGAGAAAAUAAGCGAUUUUGAUGUAAUCAAGGUUUUUAAUCUGGACAAAGCUGACCUACAGAAUCUUACUCAGUACUUGUCAAAUGUUAGUUACAUAAAAUCAAUUACUGCACAAAAGCAAAUUAAUCGUGUUCUACUCAAUUAUCAGGACAACGAAGGAUCAAAUUCUAGUCAUUCACAUUUUGGACGAAAUUUAAAUUUGUUUGACAAUUCACAACGAAAUUCUGCUGCCUCAAGAACUUUACCAUUGGAUUACUUAAAACAGCCAUGGAAAUUGUUAAAUGCAGAGUAUGCUUGGUCACGAGGUUUAUGCGGUAACGGUGUACGUGUUGGUAUAUUCGAUACUGGAUUAGCGUCACCGGAUCAUCCACAUUUUCUUUCAAGUAAUAUCAUUGAAAGAACUGAUUGGACAGUGGAUAUGAGUAAUAAAUCUAAUUCAAAAAGCGAUAUUAUAGCCCUGGAUAGACAUGGGCAUGGAACCUAUGUAACUGGUCUUAUUUCUGCACAGAAUCCUGAUUUAUACUAUACCAGCUCUGAGGAUAAACAAGCCGGCGGUACUACGACUACUACGACGACGACUUGUCCACCAUGGGGAUUUGCACCAAAAGCUGAUUUAUUUAUAUUUCGUGUUUUUACUGACCUCCAACUGUCGUAUACUUCAUGGUUUUUAGAUGCAUUCAAUUAUGCUAUCAGUCGAAAACUGCAUGUAAUCAAUUUGAGCAUUGGUGGACCAGAUUUUUUAGAUAAACCAUUUGUUGACAAGGUUUUAGAAUUAUCUGCCAAUGGAAUACUCUUAGUUUCUGCUAUUGGAAAUGAUGGUCCUCUGUUUGGUACACUGAAUAAUCCAGCUGAUCAAAUGGAUGUACUUGGUGUUGGUGGUGUCGAUGCUUUGGGUCGUGUUGCACGUUUUUCAUCUCGUGGAAUGACUGGUUGGGAGCUGCCGACAGGUUAUGGACGUGUUAAACCAGAUAUUGUGACAUUUUCUACUGGUGUAAUCAGUUCUAGUUUAGACGGAAAAUGUCGUGUACUAUCUGGAACGAGUGUAGCUUCGCCGAUUGUUACUGGAGUUGUUAUCUUACUGAUUAAUGCUGCUUUAAAUCAUAAUUCAAACUUGCUUACUGAACAUCAACGAAACGCUGAUUACAUCACUAACAACAACAGCAACAACAACAUCAGCGAGAACAAUACAAGUCAAAUUGAAGAUCUAAGUGGAUUGUUAUCAUCUUCAUCGUCUCAUGCGUUUGUUCCUAUUAAUCCAAUUAGUAUUAAACAAGCUUUAAUUGCUAGUGCAGAUACAUUGGAUUCAGUACGUGUUUUCGGUACGAAUUCGAUAAAAUGGUUGCAGGAGACAGAUCAAAGUAGUAUAUUUGAACAAGGCGCUGGAUUGGUGAAUCUUCAAUCAGCUUUGGAGACUGUACAGCGUAUGAAACCUCAAGCUAGUCUUAUGCCAAGUUAUUUGGAUUUAACCCAAUGUCCGUAUAUGUGGCCGUAUUGUUCUCAGCCGUUAUAUGCUACAAUGCGUCCUAUCAUAAUUAAUGUAACAAUUUUCAACUCGAUGCAUGUGAUUGGUCGUAUCCACCAGAGGCCUGUUUACCAUCCAUUUAUUAAACGUAAUGGACAUCGUCUACAUGUCGGUGUAUCGUAUUCAUCUUAUCUUUGGCCAUGGGUUGGAUAUUUAGCUGUUCAUCUAAGCGUAGCAUCUGAUUCACCUAAUAAUGAUGAUACUAUACCCAAUUCGCGUUUCUCUGGAAUAGCUGAGGGGUAUAUCAGUCUUGUUGUAGAGUCCUAUGAUAAUAUACGAAAUCAAUCGAUGAGUACAUAUCUUCAACUGCCUAUCAAAGCAAAUAUUGUACCUGUUCCGGAUAGAUCGAAACGUAUUCUCUUCGAUCAAUUUCAUAGUAUACACUAUCCAUCAGGAUUUAUCCCUCGUGAUGAUUUGACACGGUCUAAGGAACCACUUGAUUGGUUAGGUGAUCAUAUCCACACAAAUUAUCUUGAUUUGUAUACACAUUUACGUAAGAGGAAUUAUUUCAUUGAAGUGUUAACUUCUUCAUUCGAUUGUUUCAAUGCUUCAAAUUAUGGUACAUUCCUUUUAAUUGAUCCAGAAGAGGAAUUCUAUCCGCAUGAAGUGAAAAAAUUAUUCUCUGAUGUUACUCAACAUGGUUUAUCGUUAAUUGUCUUUGCAGAUUGGUAUAAUACCAGUGUUAUGCAUAGUCUACGAUUUUUUGAUACAAACACAAGACGUGUAUGGAGUCCAGAUACUGGAGGGUCUAACUUACCUGGCCUGAAUGACUUGCUUGAACCGUUUGGGAUCGAGUUGGGUGAUUCUGUUUUUGCUGGAAAUUAUGCUAUUGGACAUCGAACUGUCUCAUAUCAUUCGGGGACAAGUAUUAAACGCUUUCCUGUACAGAACAUUUCAAAUAUUACCGGUCGAGCUGCAUUGUUAAAAUCUCAUCUUGUUGAUAUAGGCAGUCAAUUUAUUCAACAUAAUCGUCAGCGGCGGCAAGAUAUCUCUGAAAAUCCUGGACAAUCAUCAUCAUCCUCAUUAGAAAAUGAUAAAAUUCUUAUAAAUUCUGAACCUGUUCUACGUUUAAAACCAAUUAUUAAUGAAGAUCCAACCCCAAGUAUUUUAGGCUUAUGGACACCAAUUGCAGAUGAAAGCAAUACGGCAGGACGUUUAGCUGUUUACGGGGAUUCGGAUUGUUUAAGUUCAACUCAUUUGAGUUCAAAUUGCUUUUGGUUGUUAGAUGCACUACUGCAAUUCUCUACUAGUUCUCAGGGACGAAUUCCACGAACACUAAUUGAACAAAUGUUUACACCAAAUACAAUUGAAUGGUUUGAUCCUAUGCUGACAACACCAUAUCGGAUAAAAGAUUCUCACCUGAAUAAAUAUAGCAAUGUGAUUCGAAGUGAUUGGAACGCAUUAAAUGAGGUUUCUAAUUAUUCAUCACUACCGCUGGAGGCUUAUCGUCCUCUCCAGUCGUGUUAUAUCGCACCAACAGCCUCUGUGAUUGUCGAUAAAACGCUACCGAAUGAGUCAUUACUAUAUCGUCCACAACCUUUACUAUUCUAUCCAUCAGAAUUCUAUCAACCAUUGAAAAAGGCCUACAGCAAUCAGUACUGUCAUUCAACAUCUUUGAACAGGCAGUCGAGUAGACAAUCACAAUCCGUGUAUAUGUUUAUCAAACAAUCCUAUUUGUAUUAUAUGAUUAGACAUCAUUCUUUUUUCCUUUAUUCUAUAUUCAUGUUAAUAUUUGUAUACUUUUUUGGUAAAGAUUUUCAAUUCUUAGUUUAUUCUAUCCUUAAAGGUAUAGUAUACUUGCUUGGAAAUUUCUACACUAUAGUGAAGUAUGCUUUAGUAAGAAUUUUGCUUAUUAUGUAUAGUUUAUGCGUUAGACUGGUUGCUGGUUCACCUGUAGAAAAGUUUUUUAGAAAGAGGUCAACUUUGACGAGUACACUGUCAUCGUCAACAACGAGUGAAGAAGUUAAAACAACAGUUAGAACAUUAGAAACACCAUCAUUGUUCUAUAAUAAUAACAAGACAAGACCAUCUCAUCAGAGUGGUUAUCAUAAGAGCUCAUCGAAUCUAUUCAUAUCUGUACAUAAAUAA